GAACGCUGAACCAACGAAGGACGCAAAGCCAGCGGCUGCAUUGGAGGAAGAUGAUGAGUUUGAGGAUUUCCCAGUAGAGAGUAUGUUGCCUUGUGCUUCGCUUGUGGCUUGUUGGGAAUGCACAAGCUGGCGGCAGGCGGAAAUAUAGCUUGGAAGGCAAAUGCUGAUCAUUGUGUGAUGGCAGACUGGACCCAAGAAGAUACAGAAGUGCCUGGUGACAACACACAUCUGUGGGAGGAGAGCUGGGAUGAUGACGACACGAGUGAAGACUUUUCGGCGCAACUGAAGUAGGCCACCUGCGAGAUUACCUUCACUUGGUACCGGAGCUAAUUUUAAUUCCAGGGAGGAGCUCAAGAAGGUCGAGGCGAGCAAGAAACGUUGACGAAAGAACAUGUUGUACAUAAUCGUACUGGAGUUCACGG